CAUUCACCUCGAAUCAUUUCAACUUCAUAUUUCCUUGACAGUCGUAUAUAGUUUCUUUGUACUCAAAACUUUCGAGGGAUGGGUAGAUACGCUUUAUUAGUUGGUUGCUGCUAUUUGGGGGAUCGGGAUGAACUACAAGGCUGCUAUAAUGAUGUGGACGCAAUGCAAGGUCUGCUGAUAAAUAGGUUUGGUUUUCAUCCCAAUGAUGUGAUAGUUCUCACUGAUAUGCCUAACUCCCCUCUGAAGCCCACAGGUGCUGUUAUAAAGUAUCAGCUUUGUCAGAUGAUUAAGCGGGCAAUGGCCGGUGAUGUUGUACUGUUCUAUUUUAGCGGCCACGGAACUCAUCAGGAUUUCUGGGAAGGCCCCUACUGCAAACGAUUGGAAGCAAUUGUCCCCUCUGAUUUCAAUCUCAUAUACAGUGCAGACUUUCGAUAUAUGGUAAAUAACAUGCCACAAGGUGCUGAUUUCGUUAUGAUAGCGGACUCCUGCAACAGUGGGGGGCUAAUAGAUCAGUCAAAGGAGCAAGUUGGACCCGGCUUUCGUCCAGAUGUUUGCUAUCGCACAAGGUCCUACAAUUACGGUAACAUUGGCGGCGGUCGCAGAGCCAAAAGGAUGCCCAUCGAAUCGGUUUUGCGGCAUUUGAGACCUUUGAGUCACGUAGACAGUUCAGAUAUUAGAACACUCUUGAGAGACAUUUACGGAAAUCAAGCCAGCAUCCUGUUCCGACGGCAUGUUGAUCCCGAUGCCAGGGUUGAUCGUGGCAUUCUUAUCAGUGGAUGCCAGUCCAACGAAACCGCAGUCGACGAUGAUGGGAAACAUCGUCGCCCUUAUGGUCUGUUUACUGAUGAACUUUGCUCUACAUUGCGGAACCUGCGCCGUCCCAUGAUGAGCAACGCAGAGCUUGUGGAGACUAUUAGAGAUAAUUUAAGAAACAAGGAUCAGCAUCCAUGUCUCUACUGCUCUGACAGGCAUGCCGAUGCACCUUUCCUGUGGGUACGCUGAAUCAAUCGACAGUAUGUGUGACUGAGAUCCUACGUACCACUACAUGAAAUUAGCUGGCCAAAUAAAGGGUUUAGAUGUUUUCUUUAGAUGGUUUUUGAAGCAUUUUAGCAAUUUCAUACGGUUUGUUCGUGAGUGUAUUCCUCUGUCUUUUGGUUUUUUCUAGUUCAGCUUCUUCCACCUGGUUCUGUUUUGGCAAUAAAUUUGUUACAGUAAACCGCCUGGAACCUUUUAGUUGAUGGGUACAUUUUGCAUUUGCCGAAAGAUUUUUACUAAAUGCUACAAUAGAUACAUGUACACUGUGUGCUGUAAAAUUGAAUUCCAGCAAAUGCCAAAUUUAUCUAUUUUACCACCCAA